AUGGCUGAGCCCGAGGAGGGCGACGAGGAGGUCGCAAAGGCGGUGGAGCAAACCCCGGAGGAGCUUCCCAGGGUUCCAUGCCACCUUUUCUUGCCCGUGGUGCCGGCGGCCCGAGUCAUCGGCAAGCGGGGAGCCAACAUCAAAGAAAUCCGCGACAAGAGCGGAGCUGUUGUGAAGAUCCUGCAAAAGGAACUUCCGCAGGAAAUGCAGCGCCGCGAGGAUCGGGUGGCUGCCAUCUCCGGGGAACCCGCGGCCGUGCGCGAGGCCAUCAGCGGAGUGCUUGAGCGCGUGUUUGAUCGCUCUGGGCUACCUGAUACGGCUGAUGCGUCGGCUCGAGAUCGGGGCUACAUUGUAGAGGUCUUGGUGCCAGAAAAGUGUGGCUCACACCUCAUCGGUCAGAAAGGCGAGCGCGUCAAAACGCUGUGCCAGGCGCCACAUUCUUUAAGAGGGCUAAGCUGGGGUGGGGGCAGGGAUGAGGUCUAUUUUUUUCAGAUUUGGGGGCUCUGCAAGGCAUGGAGAGUAGGGCCAAGCAGGACGUGUUCUGUGAAGGUGUUGUGGCGGCCUGGGUUUCGGCACCUCGCAAGUGUUGUGACAGCAUAG